GCAACGUGAUCGUCGUCCAUAUCAUUCAGUGUUUAGUGAUUUCACAAGCUACACAAUGCCUACCUACACCUUGCAUUACUUUCCCCUCCGAGCCCGAGGCGAGCUCAUUAGGCUGCUGUUCGCAGCAGCAGGGAAAACCUACACGGACAAGAUCAUCACAUUCGCUGACUGGCCAUCCAAAAAACCAGAAAUGCCAACUGGACAGCUGCCAGUGCUGGAGGUCGAUGGGGUAAAGAUUUCGCAGAGUCUCGCGAUAUCGAGAUACUUAUCCCGAGAGUUUGGUAUGGCGGGAGACAGUAGCCUAGACCAGGCAAAGACAGACCAAGUUGUCGAUACCAUAGGAGACUUGUUGACCGAGUUCUUCAAGUUCGCCUUUGAGAAGGACCCUGAAAAGAAGGAAGAGCUUAAGAAGAAAACUUUCGAUACAGUUCUGACAACAUUUGCUACAAACGUGACCAAAUUUCUAGAUAUGAACAAAGACAAGAGCGGUUAUUUCGUCGGAAAAAAGUUGACGGCUGCUGACCUGGCAGUGUACGAGGGCUUUGAAAAUUUCCUGUUAGCGGACCCCAAGGCCCUGGACAAGUACCCCAAGCUUGUAGCCCACAGGAAACUAGUCUUAUCAAACCCGAAAGUGAAAGCGUACGUGGACAAACGACCCAAGUCGGACUUUGAACAAACAUCGUUAUCCGAGGGCCAUAUAUACGUGUAUCACAAGCCUGACAACACCAGUCGACCGACAUCUAUCCUAGGACAGUCUUCCACCACCAUCUACCCCAGGACACUCUACUACCAACAUCUACCAGACAACAUGCCCUCCCACAAACUUAUUUACUUCGGCGUCCGAGCGAGGGGCGAGCUGAUUCGCCUUGCCUUUGCAGCUGCUGGUCAAACAUGUGAAGAGGAUACCAUCACGUUUCCAGAUUGGCCUGCUCUUAAACCAAAGAUGCCCACUGGUCAACUGCCGGUGCUGGAGGUGGACGGAAAGCAGCUGUCACAGAGUAUGGCCAUAGCCCGCUACGUCGGCAGGGAGUUCGGUUUGGCAGGUAAGAACAAUCUGGAGCAAUGUAUGGUCGACCAGGUCAUAGACACGGCUUCAGAUUGCCUCACGGAGUACGUCAAGUCGCACUUUGAAAAGGAUGAGAAAAAGAAGACGGAAAUAAGAAAGACUUUGGUGGAUGAAACUAUUCCUAAGUUUGCCAGAAUAUUCACAACUUUCUUAGAAAACAGCGGAGGCAAAAACGGAUUUUUCGUUGGAUCUGAACUGACGUUAGCAGACCUGGCGUGCCAUGAGGUAUUUACAGACUUUCUCCUGCUGAAUGCAGAUGCUUUGAAAGACUUUCCUAAAUUGGCAGCCAACCGCCAGAAGGUUGAGGAUAACGAAAACGUGAAGCGGUACCUGGCAAAACGUCCAGAGAACCCGAUCUAA